AUGAAGCUGAGCCGGCAGUUCACGGUAUUCGGUAGUGCGGUCUUCUGCGUGGUGAUCUUCUCCCUGUACCUGAUGCUGGACCGCGGCCACUUCGACCACCCGAAGAGCCCCCGGCGGGAGGGCACCUUCCCCAAGGGCCAGCUUUCAAUAUUGCAAGAAAAAAUAGAUCAUUUAGAACGUCUGUUGGCAGAAAAUAAUGAGAUUAUUUCAAACAUACGAGAUUCUGUGAUCAAUCUGAGUGAAUCAGUAAAGGAUGGACAAAAAAAUCCAGAGGCUGUAAACUUCGGUCAAGGAUCUGUUUCUGAGCUGUUCCCUUCUGCUUCAGUUUUGCUUGCAGUUGAUUCUGAGGAUUGUUUGUUUGCUUCAAAAAGUGGAAGUCACAGUUCAGGUGUACAGAUGCUGGAUGUCUAUGACAUUCUUCCUUUUGAUAAUCCAGAUGGUGGCGUUUGGAAACAAGGAUUUGAUAUCACUUACAAUGAAAAUGAAUUUGACAAUGAACCACUUCAAGUUUUUGUUGUGCCUCACUCACAUAAUGAUCCAGGUUGGCUGAAGACUUUUGAUGAUUACUUCAGAGAUCAGACACAGCAUAUUUUAAAUAACAUGGUUAUAAAAUUGCAAGAAGACAACCGAAGGAAAUUUAUAUGGUCUGAGAUUUCCUACUUUUCAAAAUGGUGGGAUGGAAUAGAUAGCCAAAAAAAAGAUGCUGUUAAAAGGUUAAUAAAAGAUGGACAAUUUGAAAUAGUAACAGGAGGAUGGGUCAUGCCUGAUGAAGCAUCUUCUCAUUAUUUUGCUUUAAUUGACCAGCUGAUAGAAGGACACCAGUGGCUAGAAAAGAACCUUGGAGUAAAACCAAAGUCUGGAUGGGCAAUUGAUCCAUUUGGGCAUUCACCAACAAUGGCCUACCUUCUGAAGCGCACAGGAUUUUCCAGAAUGCUUAUUCAGAGAGUUCAUUAUUCAGUUAAAAAACAUUUUGCAACACAAAAGACACUAGAAUUUUUUUGGAGACAGAACUGGGAUUUGGGAUCCAGUACAGAUAUUCUUUGUCAUAUGAUGCCUUUCUAUAGCUAUGACGUUCCUCAUACUUGUGGCCCGGAUCCAAAAAUCUGCUGCCAGUUUGAUUUCAAACGACUUCCUGGAGGAAGAAUAAGUUGCCCUUGGAGAGUCCCACCAGAAGCCAUUCACGCUGGGAAUGUUCAACACAGGGCUUGGAUUAUAUUGGAUCAAUACAGGAAGAAGUCAAAGCUCUUCCGUACAAAAGUCCUGUUGGCUCCACUUGGGGAUGAUUUCCGCUACACUGAGAGCUCUGAAUGGGAUCAGCAGUACCAGAAUUACCAGAAGCUGUUUGAUUAUAUGAAUUCUCGCCCUGAAUGGCAUGUUAAGGCCCAGUUUGGAACUUUAUCUGAUUACUUUGAAGCUCUGCUUAAAGAAAGCAAUUUGGGUGAAAAGAGCAGCAAUUCACUUUUUCCUGUUUUAAGUGGAGACUUCUUCACCUAUGCAGACAGAGAUCAUCAUUACUGGAGUGGGUACUUUACAUCACGACCCUUUUAUAAACGCCUGGACAGAGUCUUGGAAUCCUACAUAAGGGCAGCUGAAAUUCUCUACUCCUUGGCUUUAGUACAGUCCAGUAAAUCUGAGAAGAUGAGUGUAUUUCCUUCUGUGGAUAACUAUAAAUUGCUGACAGAAGCUAGGAGGAACCUUGGACUCUUCCAGCAUCAUGAUGCUAUUACAGGAACAGCCAAAGAUUGGGUAGUUGUGGAUUAUGGCACCAGGCUUUUCCAUUCAAUAAUGAAUUUGAAGAAAGUAAUAAUUGACUCUGUUCAUAUUCUCAUCCUAAAAGACAAAAGUGCUUAUAACUAUGACACAGCAACUCCGCUCCUGAAGAUGGAUGAUGUUCAGGCUUCUCAAGAUUCUUUGCCACGCAAGACAGUUAUAAAGCUGACAUUGCAACCAAGAUACCUUUUGAUACAUAAUCCUACGGAGCAAGAGCGAUUUUCAGUGGUUUCAGUCAAUGUGAAUUCACCCAGAGUUAAAUUAUUGUCUCCUUUGGGAAAACCUGUUACUGUCCAGAUUAGUGCUGUUUGGGAUGGAGCAACUACAGUAUCACAUGAAGCUUAUCAGAUGUCUUUUGUGGCACAUCUACCACCUCUUGGGAUUGGAGUUUACCAGCUUCUGGAGGAUGAGAGUUCAGAAGCAGUUUUAGCUGACUAUAACAUAUAUGUAAGGAAUAGCAGGGAGGAGAUGCCAGAUGAGAUUUUCAAGAUAAAAGAGAUGCAGCAUUCUGUGGAUAAUAUAAUCUUAGAAAAUACAUACAUGAAAUUAUGGUUUUCUGGAAUGUCUGGAUUACUGGAGAAAAUAAACACCAAGGAAGAUGGUAAAAAUCAUCAAAUGAAGAUGGAGUUUGCUUGGUAUGGAACUACCAGUAACCGAGAUAAAAGUGGAGCUUAUCUCUUCUUACCUGAUGGAGAUGCCAAGCCUUAUAUUUUUACAGACCCACCUACCAUACGAGUUGCUCAUGGAGUGAUUUUCUCAGAAAUUGUUUGUUUUUUUCACCACGUGACGCAUACCAUACGGCUAUAUAAAGUCCAGGGUUUGGAAGGUCAGUCUCUUGAAGUUUCCAAUAUUGUGGACAUAAGAGGAGAAUAUAAUCGUGAACUUGCAAUGAGAAUUUCAUCUGACAUAAACAGUCAAAAUAGAUUCUAUACUGAUCUUAAUGGAUAUCAGAUCCAGCCUAGACUGACGAUGAGCAAGUUGCCUCUUCAAGCAAAUAUCUAUCCUAUGACUACCAUGGCUUAUAUCCAAGAUGUUGGUGUUCGUUUGACACUUCAUUCAGCUCAGUCUUUAGGUGUUGCUAGCUUGAAAAAUGGUCAGCUGGAAGUGAUCAUGGAUCGUCGGCUCAUGCAGGAUGACAACCGUGGCCUUGGACAAGGUGUUCAAGAUAACAAGAUUACAGCUAAUGUCUUCCGACUGCUGUUGGAAAGAAGACAUGGAGCAGAUGUGAAUGAAGAGAAGGCACCAGUCAGUUUUCCAUCACUUCUUAGCCAUAUGACUUCUCUCUUCUUAAAUCAUCCUGUAAUUCCAAUGACAACGAAUACAGAUUCAGGUGUCCCAGAGUUGAUAAACACAUUUUCUCCACUGAUGUCAUCCAUGCCUUGUGACAUGCAUAUAGUCAAUUUGAGGACAAUCCAAGCAAAGGUAGAUACCAAACCAUCUGAUGAAGCUGCUCUGAUCCUUCACAGAAAGGGAUUUGAUUGUAGAUUUUCAAACAGAGACACGGGUCUGCUCUGUUCUACCACUCAGGGAAAGAUAAAGGUGCAUAAACUCUUUAGCAAAUUCAGAGUGGAAAGUCUUACACCCACAUCUUUAUCUUUGAUGCAUUCACCUCCAGAUGUCCAAAAUAUAAGUGAAAUAAACAUGAGUUCUAUGGAAAUAAAUACAUUCCGGAUUCGACUGAGAUGAAAUCCCGCUUUAAUACUCAGAUAAAGAAUCUGCAAUUGUAUCUCCUCUGAGUUUCAUGUGCAAUAAGAGGCACAUUAAUGUUAUUCCAGCUUCUGGAUACUGUGAGAAAAAGAUGCAUUCUAUAGUUUUUUUUUUUUUUGACCAACACAAUGAAAAGCCAUGUUGCAAGCAACUUUUUUCUUUGUUCAGAUUUUUCCCCCAUAAAAUAGCAACAUCAUUAUCAGUUAAUACAACAAGAAAUUUCUAUGGAUGUUAACCUCUCAACAGAUUAAAUCUCAGGUUAAAUGCUAAUUAAUGAUGUUUCUGGUGUUUUAAUUUUCAUAAACAGGGGAUUAGAUUAUAAACAGCCUUCUUUUCCUGAUUCUUGAUGAAUUUAUAUGUUAAUAACUCAGUGUAGAAAGUCCUGAUGCAGCUUGGAAAUAAAAUGGAAUAAAAUGUUCCUGUGUAGUAGCUAAUGUCCAAAUAUUUGCAAUCAUUUAUAUAAAUGACAAUAAUCUCAA